AAAUGUGGAAGGGUCUGUUUCUGUGUGACUCUCGUUGUUUGUCGAUGUAACGGAUGUAAAUAACACGGCUCUGUCUCUCACCAAGGCGCUUCCUUCUGUGAUUUCGCUCGAGCGUCUUGUUGACAUUCUCGUGCUCUCGUGCAUAUUUUGUAUUUUAUAAUUGGAAGCUUCCGUCGUUUUUUUUUUGGUUUAAUUUUGGUUGCCCGACGUUGCGACUCCAAUACAACCAAUACACAACUUCAGUAUAACGUCGUGUGCCCACUGGGAUUAUUAUUAUUAUUAUUAUUAUUAUUAUUAUUAUUAUUAUUAUUAUUAUUAUUAUUAAAUUAUUAAGACAAAAGGAAACACUGAGGCAUAGUAGGCUGUACGUAGGCUUACGUAGCUGACUAAAAAAGCAGGGCAUGGCAUAUCUGUUUUCAAGGAUUCUGCAUGCUUACUAUUUAUUCUGUAGUUAAAUCUCUGUGUAUGAAGGAAACUUACAUUUAUGCCAAGGUAAAGGGUAAUACAGAGUAAUAAAGUGUUGAGAAGUGAUGGGUCAUAUUUUCAAAGAGUUUAGUCUUUAAUGAACUAUUUAAUGAACUAAGUAAUUAAGUUGUUUGAUUCUAAUUCUAUAAAAAUCAACAAAAUGAACAAGCUGUAUUUUUCAAAGUGCUGCCUGCAAGAUAUUUGCAAUGAACAGGAGUGAUUGUAAAGAAAGGAAGGUAGGUGUUUGUACUUUUUAUUUGUGAAGGCUCUGAAGUGGACCAAUAAGAAAAUACAAGACAAUGAAUAAAAUCUAUGUAUGGUUGAAUCAUGUAUCCAAAGUAACAAAUACAUUUACUAUUCCCAUGACAAUUUAUAAAUGGGUCACAAUCUCAUGUACUAAAUUCAUUUUUCAAGACACAUCAUGAUAACAUUGUUUGCAUAGUCGUAUGUAACAGUAAAGCAUUACUUGCCGGUAAAACUUUCAUAGUUCAACCAACCUAAUUACAAUAACGUAGAUGUACAAAAACAGGAUUAAUUGGGACUACUGCUCUGUAAGAUAAAAACUGCAAUAACAUUUUUCCUUUCUUUAUCCUGACUACAAAUAGCUCUUAUGGACAAGAUGAACACCACCAUCGCUGACUCUUCCAUGUUAAGUUUAGAGGGCUUCAUUGUGUCUCCUGAAGCUGCUCACCCUCUUUUUCUGUUAACAUUGGCAGUAUAUCUGGUUGUUUUUAUUGGAAAUGUUACAGUUUUUUCUGUUAUUGUUUUUCGAAAGACACUACACGAGCCAAUGUAUCUCAUGAUCUGUAAUAUGUCUGUUUGUGAUUUGAUUGGAAGCACAGCGGUAAUGCCUAGAUUAAUGGCAGACUUCCUCACAGAGGUUAGAUACAUCUCAUAUGCAGCUUGUGUCAUUCAGGCUUUCUGCAUUCAUUUCUACGGUUCAGCAGUUCAACUGAUAUUGACUGCAAUGGCUUAUGACAGAUACAUUGCAAUUUGUGACCCAUUAAGAUACAACAGCAUAAUGACAACUAGUACUUUGGUGAAGCUCUGCUCCCUUGCCUGGGGAGGGGCAUUCGUUUUAAUAAUAAUCCUCUUUGCUCUUACUCUUAGACUUCCGAGAUGCAGAUCACAGAUAGUGAAUGCUUACUGUAGCAAUGCAUCUUUAUUUCUUUUAUCCUGUGCUGACACUACUGUAAAUAACACUUAUGGCUUAUUUAUUACAUUUUUUCUAAGCGGUUUGUCUUUUUUGGUUAUUGUCUGGACUUAUAUUAAAAUACUAAUGACAUGUUUAUAUAGAAGGCAAAGUAAAAGCAAAGCCAUUCAUACAUGUGCUACUCACUUAACUGUCUAUAUUAUUUUUGAAUUCACUAUGUUAUUCAGCAUCAUUGUGCAGCGAUUUCAAAAUGUCUCCCCAAAUGCAAGGAAAAUGAUUGGCGUGUUAAGUACGACCUUGCCGCCGUGUGUUAAUCCUAUCAUUUAUGGAAUUCAUACAAAGGAAAUUCGGAGUAAUGUUUUAAAAUGGUUUAAAAAUACAAUACUACCAAAUCAAUAAUGCUGGUAAUGCAUUAUGCAACAUUCAGUUUUUUAAGUCAAUAUUUAAUUUACCUA